AUGGCUCCCGUCGAGCUCGAGCAGUUCCAAGCAUGGAAGUCCGAGCCGUCGCAGGGGCAAGAGGUGUGGCAUGUUCUGCGUCAACAAUGUGGCGUUGCCGGCGGUAGCGACUUGGUUUCAGAUGAUAUCCAUGGCAUUGGUGCACCGUUCGUACGUGAAUCGGCUGUCAUCGAGAAAAAGACACUGUCAAAGUACUGUUCCGUACGGAGUGCUUGGUGCUCAGAUCCACCUGAAAAUGAAUGA